ACGUUAUUGCGAAUACGAUUAUAUUUCAAUAUUUUGCCCGAGCACGUGAUUCCGCCUAAUGGAAAUUCGCACCAAAACAUAAAAAAAUGUUUUUAUUUUAAUACGUGAGUACACAUACUUUCACAAUAUGAUUAUCAGUAUAUGUAGCACAAAAGAUAUUUUUUCCAAGCACUCUUAUUGGACUUAUACGCGAUGUUUUAAACUCCACGGGAAUAUGUCCCUUCCAGGACCUUCGCGAUCCAUUCAAGCCAGCAAGUUUGGAGAGCGUGUUGAGUUUAAUCAAUUCAUAACGUCGAGAUGGAGCCGAACUCACUGAAGUGGGUGGGCUCGUCUUGCGGUUUACAUGGACCAUAUAUAUUCUAUAAAGCCUUUAAAUUUAACCGGGACGGCAAACCGAGGAUUCUGUCUCUCGGCGACUUCUUCUUCGUCAGAUGUAAACCGGAGGAUCCUAUUUGCAUAGCGGAGCUUCAGCUGCUCUGGGAAGAAAGAACAAGCAAGCAACUUUUAUCAAGCUCCAAACUUUAUUUUCUACCAGAGGAUACUCCCCAGGGACGGACAGUCAUCCACGGAGAGCACGAGGUCAUCGCGGUGUCCGAGAAGGUGGUGGUGCGUCUGGAGGACCUGGUGAAGUGGACGGUGCCCGACUUCCCGGGAUGGACCCACUGCCUGAAGGGCGAGCCCCUCAAACCCGCCGUGCUGCGCGAGCUGGGCACCAACGGGAGGCGGGAGGCCCUGCACCGCUACCGGGAGAGCACCCUGACCAGCGGACUCAACUUCAAGGAUGUGCAGCGGGAGAGGGCGCAGCUGGGCCAGGAGGAGGACGGGCGGAAGGUUCUGGUCCUCAGCUACCCCCAGUACUGCCGGUUCCGCUCGGUGGUGGCGCGCCUCAGGGCGCAGCCGCCCUCGCUGCUCAUCGACCACACGGUGCUGGCGCUGGGCGGCAUCGCCGCGCUGGGCGGCGGCACCAGGAUCCUGUACUGCCGGGACACCUUCGAGCAUCCGGCCCUGCUGCAGAACGAGAGCGUCUGCGACGAGUUCGCUCCUAAUCUGAAGGGGCGACCUCGGAAGAAGAAGCUGUCCAUCUCUCAGAGGAGGGACUCCCAGGGUCAGGCUCAGGGUCAAGGUUCAUCAGGGUCGACCCCGGGGUCAACAGCUGUGGCGGCGCCGGACCCGUCCAGCCCGGACUGCAGAACCACCACCAAGGUCAAGCCUAACUGUAAAAUGGUCCCCAACGGAAAAAUCUCCUCGGCCAAACACAAGGCGUACGGCCUCGGCAAGAAGUCCUCCGCUGAGGACAAGGAGGGGGGCAAGGAUAAGGAAAAGGAGAAAGAGGAGAGGAGGGAGAGGGAGGAAAACAAAGAGGAGGAAACAUCAGAGGAGAGCCGAGCGGAGGAGCAAGCGUUCUUAGUGGAGCUCUACAAGUACAUGAAAGACCGAGACACGCCCAUAGAGAGGAUCCCCUUCCUGGGCUUCAAACAGAUCAACCUUUGGACCAUGUUUCAAGCUGCUCAGAAACUAGGAGGAUAUGAGUUAAUCACGGUCCGCAGACAGUGGAAGCAUGUAUAUGAUGAAUUGGGCGGGAACCCAAGCAGCACAAGUGCCGCCACGUGUACACGGAGACACUACGAGAGGCUCCUCCUCCCCUACGAGAGGCACGUCAAGGGCGAGCAUGACAAGCCCCUCCCCUUGGUCAAAGCCAAGAAGCAGGAGGGUGGCCCCGAGAAGCCUUCAGGAGCCAAAGCCAAGGCGGUGGGGGCCAAGAAAUUCAAAGGCUGCAACAACCCCAGGCCGGGGAGUAAAAAGGACAGAGGGGAGGCGGCGAAGGACCAAGAACAAUCGCAGGAGUCCGGCGGGAAAGAGGAGAACGGCGAGCCGCCGGCGACCACAAAGCAGGAGGGACCCCCGGGAGACGGGCCGAUCGUAAUAGAGGAGGAAGAGUUGCACGUCACCCUGAAGAAGGAGGAGUCGUUCGCGGUGGAGCCGCCGUCUUCGCCCGGCCUCAAGGAGCCGGACUGCAGGGCCCCGGGCGCCGCUCCCCGCUCCCUCCACGCGGGGCCGCACGGCCCCCGGCCCGAGUGGAGGCAAAUCGGCGACGCCCUCCAGGCCAAACUCGCCUGUGAGCAGCAGACCGAAGCGCGCUUCAUUCCUAAAAUCCCUUACCUGCCUCACCGCUGGGAUCAGAACAGAGCGCCUGGACACGUUGCUCUGCCCGAGCCCUCCUCCAGGGUCAGAGACUCCAUAGAAAGCCACGGCGGGCGGGUGGGCAAAGUGUUGCCCAUGUGCAAGCAGACGGACAGACAGUGCGUGGACCUGAGCUCGGAUUCCUUUCCGGAGAAAGAAGACCACGUGGCCAUUAAGAAGGAGUCCGCCCAGAACCCCACGCAGACGGCGGCCUACUGCAAAUCCAGCCAGGGGGUCAUGUCUCCUUUGGCCAAAAAGAAGCUCCUCUCCCAGGUGUGUGACUCCAACCCUUUCUCCUUCACGUCCCCUUGCCUCCAGCCGCCACAUCCCGCCACAGCGGCUUCCUCCCUCCCCGUCAUACCGGCACCCGAAAGGGAGAGGGAGAACCGAAAGGGGGACGAGGAAGCAGCGGCGGCGGCAGGGCAGAGGCACGGGGCGGCGUCGGACGUCACCCCGGAGGUGGCGCCCAUAUUCAGGCCGUCGGUCAUCCAGCACGCGCAGAGCAGCAAGCCUCACCAGCCGGAGCGGAGCGCGUCGGGGGAGCCGCCCGAGGCGUACGGCUGCCGGAUCGGCCGUCACCUCCAGCCUCAAGCCAACGCGCCGUGGCAGCCCUAUCUGCCGCAGGCCCGCCACGCCCAGGACGGCGCGGAGAACGCCGGGGAGGCGCUCCUCCAGGGCCCAGGUUCCCAGCCCCGGAGCUACACGGGCGACUGCUACUCCUCCCCCCACCUGCACAGCCUGUACAGGCAAACCGAGAGCUGCCUGAGCCAGGAGAGGAUGGUCGGCUUCCCCAACGGGGACCGGAGGGAGCGCUACGUCCGGGACCACGAAGGCAGCUUUGCCCGCGGCGCCCUGGAGCAGGAGGGCUUGGCCUACCGAUCCCACUACGGCGACAGGACUCAAACGCGCGUAGAGAGGAGGGAGGCGGACGACGAGCCCAGAGACUUUAGCGUUUCCAAACCCCUCUCCCAGAGGGGGUCCUCCUUCUCGAAGCCCUCGUUCUGCAGUCUCCCUUAUCCCAUCAUGCACCAGGGUUUGGAUUCCCACCCCAAGGCGUGCAGAGUUCCUCCCAUGACCAUCUCGCCCCCCACCAAACAGAACCCGGCAGAGUCGUCGCAGCCGUUCCCCAGCCCGAAGGCGCCGAGCGACGCGUCCCACGCGAGCCCCGUGCGGCCCGGCAAGCGGAGCCUCUCGGGGCCCGACGGCGAGGACGCCCCCGAGAGGAAGGUCCGCGUGGUGACGCCGGUGCACCCGGCCGGCUCCAUCCGCCGCGGCGACCCGGAGGAGCUCAAACUGGCCGAGCCGGCCCACGGCGUCCACCUCAACAACCGCCUCCCCGAGGGCCACCCGGCCGCCUACCCCCCGCACCUCUACACCGCCAUGUACCCGCCCGGCAGCCUGGUGUCCCCCGGGGACGCGCUGCAGCAGCAGCACCCGGGCCUGCAGUACCUGAAGAGCCAGUCGGCGGUGUCCCCCCUCAUGCCGCCGCUGGCCUUCCACUCCAUGAUGCUCCACAGGCAGCUGCUGGCCGCCAGCCCCAGCCCCCACCACUUCUACAGGCACCCGGGCGGGGCGGCGCUGUACGGGGACCUGCUGCACCUCUACCCCAUCUCCACCCUCCCGCCGCCGCAGCUGUCCUCGGUGCACCCCAGCACCAGACUGUGAGAGGGUGAUUCCCCCCCCCCCCCCGGCGUCACCCUCGCCCUCCUCCAUCCGUCGCGGACUCGCUCAGCUCGGCUCUUUCGCUCGGGGAUCGAAAAUAAAAACACUGAUUAUAAAAACCUGAGCAUCGUUCAGACUGAAAGAAAUUCCAUUCUCCUUUUUUGUAUUUGUUUGCAUUUGUUUUAUAUACUUUGCACUGUUCUCUGUCUGUAUCACCACUUACUGUAUCCUUUUUUGUCGCGCUCGUUGUAUCCUUAUUUGCACAAUGCUCGUGUGUAUGUGCUCACAAAUCAGUUUUGAGUCCGUGGGUCGUGUGAAAAGUGACUGAGAAGAAGCCAUUUGUUUACUGCAUCUGAUCUGGGCUAAAACUGCUCAAGAACACUACAACUGACACGACGACGACGACGACGUAAAUUUCAAUUCUUUAUAUAACUCGAGGUGCGUUCGCCUUGCAGAGACAACGUUUAAGAGCCCGUUCGGUGCAUUAUCACACUUGUUUACACGUCUCCACUCUGAAAGCUGAAUUCCCCCGGCCUCGCCACGCAGUAAACCCGCCUGGACUCCUCGGGGGAAACAGACUUUGAAACAACGCGGUGCUGAACAGAGUCGUGUCACAGCGUUUAAACAGGUGCCGUGGUUUUUUAAACACAUGUACGGCACAUGAGUCGGUUCAGGUUUUUGUUCUUCAUGUGCGUCAGUCCACAGUAGACAACGCGAGCACUUGCCCAUGUUUCAAUCUGGUGGCAAUUCCCGAAUGUUUUGUCUUUUGAAUGAACAGCCGUUUUUUUUGUUAUUUUUUUUUUUUUUAUCAUUUCUACUCUCCGAAUGGAAAGCAGUUUGAUGGUGAAGGCCCGUUUGUGAUGAGUCCACCGUAGCAGCUUGUGUUUGUCGGACCAGCAUAAUGAAGCAGCCGUCUGCUGUGGAAUGCCCACCACAAAGAAAAUCACCAUUUCAACCUUUUUGUUCUCGACUUGAAAAAUGCUCUUAUUUAGUGAAAAUAUAUAUUUUUUUUAUUCAACCCGCUGAAAAGACUCACUGUAUGAUUUUGAUAGGAAUGUUGUCACUUAGGAUAUUAUUGCUUUGCAAAUAUCUGUGCCUUUCGCAGUCUCGGAUUAGAGUUAGCACUACAGUUGUUAAGGUUUAUCUUCUGUAGCAGGGUAGAAAUAUCAAUAUUACUGUCACUCUUUACUGAAAUGCAGCGCGCAGACACUCAUACAAUUCCAUGGCACACUUGGCUCUCAGACACCAGACUUGAUACGAAAGGCACGAAACGUAGAGUCAUUUCUUUAAAUGGAAACGGUUCUGCUUAACCUUAUGGUUGGUGUUUGUGCUUUAAUGACUCUAUUUACUUUAACUGAACUGUGUCAGACAGUCAAUUAUAGAAAAACUGAAAGUAUUCGCUGGUAUUGACACCGGUCUGGUGUCUGUCACCCGCAGGGCAUGUGUGCUUUGGGUGUUUUUUAGAAGUGAUGAAAAGAUACCAGAUACCAGACUCCAUAAAAUAUGCCGACCGUGUUCCAUGGCCUGAGGUGAAACAACAACACCUGCUUUGGCUUUUUACAACCACUAUAAUUGCAAUCCAGGAUAGCCGAAAUACACAGUCCAACGCGUCUGGUUUUUCAAAAAGAAGAAGCUGUAAACGUGUGUAAAGUUUAACUGAAUAAGACAUUUCUGAUAAAUGACUGUACGUUGCUGUGUGUAGGUGAAAGUGGCAUUAGUGCUGGCUCCUGUACAGAACAUUCAUACGGGAUCAUUUCAUGACAACCCUUAUCGUCUUAUUUUUCUGUGUAAAUAGCACUGUAGAUACUACCGCGUGGUUAUUGUCAUAUAAACUGUUAUAAUCUGUAAAUAGUACAAAAACAGUAUAAAAGUCGGUUACACAAUC